GUUGGUCUAAAUCACAAUAUAAAUCCAACAGAAUUGUGCUUUUCUGUAUAUGAAAAUCAGUGGUGUUAUGUUUAAAAUGUUAAAAAGCUCAGCAGGAGGGCACUGUAAAUCUUGUUGCUGAAACCUUCUUAAAAAACACAUACCCACCAGGGAAUUUUUUUAUAGGUUACUUUUAUCAUUUUGUAUAAGCAGAAACACCCAUGUCAUACUGAUAAAGUAUAUAUCCAAUAUGGUAUCUUGUUUUGGAAGGCACCCUUCCAAAACACCACUUUUUUUUUUUUUUUUUUCAAAACACCACUUAUACACACAUUUAAACGCGAUCAAGUAAGCAAUCGCCACGUGAUCUGCCAUGACUGACGUAAUUGCAGCAAACUACGGGAGCCACAACGUGUCCGGCUUCAUAUCUCCGCUUGCAGCUCCUCCCCACCUGCACGCGGCUACUCUCGCCGAUCGGUUGCAUCCAGCCGCAGCCGAUGUCGAACACACCUUUUAUAUUAACUCUCCGCUAAACGCGGGGAUGUUAUUAACUCUACUUUAAACUUGUUUAACACUGAUCCUGUGGUUUUAUACGCGUUAGAGCAUGUCUGCUUCAGCCGUGUUCGUGCUGGAUCUCAAGGGGAAGGUGCUGAUACGCCGUAAUGUUGACAUGACACAGAUCGACCACUUCUUCACCCUGCUAAUGCAACAGGAAGAGGAGGGGCUUCUCCGCCCUGUGAUGUCACAAGGCAACGUCCACUUCACGUCAGGUUUGAUCGUGUGUGAUUGUGUAUCGUUCGGUGUUCACGGAGUACUUCAAGGAGCUGGAGGAGGAGAGCAUUCAGGAUAACUUCGUGGUGGUGUACGAGCUGCUGGACGAGCUCAUGGACUUCGGUUUCCCACAGACGACAGACAGCAAGAUCCUUCAGGAGUACAUCACGCAGCAGGGGAACAAGCUGGAGGUGGCCAAGACCAAAGUGCCCACCACGGUCACCAACGCCGUGUCCUGGAGAUCUGAGGGCAUCAAAUACAAGAAGAACGAGGUCUUCAUCGACGUCAUCGAGGGAGGAAAGGAGUUUCUGAUGCGUGCACACUUCUGUCUGCCGAGUGUAGAGAACGACGAGCUCGAGGGAAGACCUCCGAUCACCGUUUGAGAUCCUGUGUUUCACUGUGUCCGGUAUUCAGGUGACUUCACAUGUGUUCCCAUCCACCAUCUCCCUGUUUACACUCUUCACCCUGUUUACUGUUCUGAUUAAAGACAUCGUUCACCCAAGAAUGAAUAUUCUGUCAUUAAUGACUUGCCCUCAUGUGUUUCCAAACCUGUAAGAGCUUGGUUCAUCUUCAGAACACAAAUGAAGAUAUUUGUGAUGAACUCCGAGAGCUCUCUGAGUCUCCAGAGACAGAAGGAUCCUAACACCAUCAAGACUCAGAAACACAGCAAGGACAUGUGAAAUGUGUGUAUGAUCAGUUGUGAAACUCUUAUAUUGUGAAGGUCAUGAAGAUCAUUGAGAAGAGAGGCUCUCAGGAGCUGCCCUCACUCGCUCGGAGGUCAGCGCAUUACGCCUAUUAUUCACACAAACAACAGUGUUAAACAUGCUUCUGCUCAAUCAAAUAUCUGUCUAUUAAAAUGCUCUUUUUGUCUAUAGUGUAUUACCACAUUGCUAUUUAUAAUUAUUUGUGUUACUAGUGUUUAUAUAACCUUAAAUUAUACGCAUGUCUGUACUAUGUCUGUACUUUCUGUACUGGAAGCUCCUGACACCAAGACAGAUUCCUGUGCAUGUUUGUGUGUGUGUGUGUGUUUGUGAGUGUGUGUGUGUGUGUGUGUGUGUGUGUGUGUUUGUGAGUGUGUGUGUGUGAACCUAAAAUACUAAAUAUAAAUACCGACAUAAAUACAAAAACACUUACAGUCGAUAUCUAGCAGAAGUCAGAAAGAGCAAACAUGUUUACACACACAAUGAAUCCGGUGCAGAAGGAAGUACAGACGGUGCAGAUGUAUACGCUAUUACACUAAUAUAAGAAGAAGAAUGCACUAUAUACAGAAGCAGAAAUAUGGGGGGGGGGGGGGGGGUAAAUUAAUGUAGAUAUGUUAAGUGUGCAGGUAUAUUAUUUACAAAUUAUCUCACAAAGCAGGCUUUUAAAAAAGACUGUUGGUUGAUGUAUACCGGAUGAUGUGUAGAGGAUGAUUGGUAUUAAUUAUCAUCAUGUAAUAGUAUUUAUAUAUCCAUGUGUUUCAGAUUACCAGCUGAGGACAAACAGUUUAUGAGACGUGGCUGAAAACUACACAGCAAUCUGUGGUAGAAGUUUAUUAAAUGUUUUUAGUAGUGGGUUUUAUCCUCUGAGAAUUUCAUUAGAAAAAAAUUAUUGUAUAAAUCGUUAAUCUUGAAUGUAAACACACCCAGCAUUUCAGUCAUUUUCUAAAGUGCUUUUUGCACCAGAUCAUGGAAUAUGUUUUCAAUCAUUUCUGUUUAUUUUUGCAAUAAAUGUAAUAUAUUUGUCCUGGAAUAACUGAUAUAUCUAAAUAUGUUUAUUAACAUGAGCGUGUGUUGGCACGAAAGCCCGCUCUUUUCCGCGCGCUCUCUCUCUCUCUCUCUCUCUCUCUCUCUCUCUCAGUGAAUGAACGCAACAGUUUACAAAAUAAACCUUCUCAAAUCGCCCGCCUUCUGCGCUCUACUUCCUCAUUGGUCGCUGGCGCAGUUGCCACGGUGAUACUGUAGCAACGCCUAUCGGCACUCCUCCCUUUUGUCCAAUUAUGGCAGCCGCGUUGGUGUGUGUGAGCGCUGAUUGGCUGCGGCGCUGUUGUCGGUCAGGCGCGCGAUGUGAAGGCGCUCAGCGCGUUUAUUUCAGAUUGUUUUGACGGAUUCCAGUAAACAGAUAAACAGCCAACGGUCGCUCAUUUGCGGACUGACGCACACAGACAGCGAUCUCCUCAGAGGAUGGUUGUGGACGGGUUCGGCCGCGGGAAGAGUCUCAGCGCGGCGGCGGCGCGGGGGAAUGUGGACGCGGUGCGGCGGAUGUUGCAGGAUCACCGGCUCCAACCGGACACGCUCAACGAGUUCGGGAAAACCGCACUGCAGGUGAUGAUGAUGGGCUGCACCAGUGUGGCUCGUGUGCUGCUGGACCACGGAGCUGACCCUAAUGUCCAGGACCGCUGUGGAGUGACCCCUGCACAUGAUGCGGCCCGCACCGGGUUCCUGGACACACUGAGGGUUCUGGUGGAGCACGGGGCCUCUGUUAACGUCCCUGACCACAGCGGAGCCCUGCCCCUCCACACGGCCGUCCGCGAGGGCCACAGGGACGUGGUGGAGUACCUGGCCCCACUCUCUGACCUCGGGCACCGGGACGGCCGUGGGGUCACCGCUCUGGACGCGGCCCGGGACGCUUGCGCUCUGGAGAUGGUGGAGCUGUUAGAGCGUCUGAUGGGGACCAGUUCACACUGAAGAACUGUACGCCUCGACUCAUGAGAGGCUUGUAUUUAUAUCAAUCUGUUGGAUGUUUGAGUAGUUGGUAGUUGAACUCAUCACAUGUAGCACUGGUUUUGCACAGAGCGGAUCCGGGACGGCUCUCCUCGAGCGGGUCUGCAGGCACACCUGUAAAUAACACUUUCUUUGGUAUCUUACAAAACAUUUCUGUGCAGAAACUUGAACUGUUAACAGUUUUAUUCUUGUGAAAUUAUUUCUUGCCAUCCGCGCACUGAUGAAUUCUUGCUUUGCGUGUAAGUUUGCUCGGAUUAAUGUCUGUAAAUAACAUUUUAUGAAUUUAUUUGACCUAUUUAUUGAAGAAUUGUAUAUUAACGUUUGUUUACCGUGGUAUUUCAGAUGUUAUUUAUUAAAGUGUUUAAUAAACUGAAAGAACUAA